GUUUUAUUAAAAAUGGCAAAAAGAUUUGUAUAUCUCUGAGCUCUCCUUCUUGCUCUAUGCUUGAUUACCAGUAAAGCAUAUGCACAAGCAGAGGAUGAAGACUUUGAAGAUCUCUUUGAAGAAGCUCCUGAAGAUGCCCCUGAAAUCUUCGACGAGACCCCAGAUGAGGAGCCUCAAAUAGAAUUUGAGCAACCAGAAAUCAUUACGGAUAAUGAAGUUGAAGAAAUGCCUGCACCGGAGAUAAUUGUUGAAACAGAUCCAGUUCCUGAUUUCGAGACUGCUACAGAAAAAUAUAUUUACUAUGCUAGAAAGUAUAUGGUUGAACUCUGCCUGGGAUCUCUGUUCUUCGUGUAUAUUCUCAAUAUUUAUGUUGGCCAGAAAGUCAACUCUAAGGUCGUGGCUAUGUGGACUGCUGAAGCUCUUCCUGUAAUUCAGAAAAAUUUCCACCAUACUGGAUUUGGAGACGAACCUAACUUCUCAAUUUCCCAAUUGAAAUACCAUGAGUUUGAAUUCUUUGCUUCUGGAAGAGACUAUUGACAUUAUAUUUUUAUUCAUAUGAUCACUAAGAAAAGACAAGACAUUAUUGGAGGUUCAAUUGCAGGAUUAAUUUGGCCAGAUAGAGAUAGAGUAAUCUUUGAUAUUCCUAUUGAUGUUGACAUUCCUCUUGAAAUCAUGAUUUGUAGAAAGAAGGAUGUAAAGAAAACUCAAGAAGAAAUGCCAAAUAUUAACAAGCUUAUUGGACCAAUCCCAACAAAAUCCUUUAGUAAUACUCAAUUGACAGUGCUCGCAGACUCUCCAGAAUCAAUCGAAAUUGUUUUCCCAAAGAGAUUCGCUUCAGCAUUUGAAAAGUACGAGAAACAUCUGGAGUUCCUUCAUGUGACUGAUCAAAGAGUGUACACAAACUACCCAUUAGUGCUGAAAUGUGAAAUUUUGAUGGGCGAGCACCCAUCAGAAUUUGCAGACUCUGUAAAGCUACUAGAAGUGAUAAUCGAUCUUGUAGACCACAUUGCUAAGCCCAUUAAGCUUCCUUCAAAAGUACUUGAGAAAUCAAAGAAGCUUAGAGAGGUUGAAGAGAAAAAGAGAGAAAAGGCUCAAAGAGACAAGAGACAACAAGAGAUUGAAGAAAAGAGAGAGCAAAGAGAAAGAGAAGAGAGAGAAAAACUCAAACAAAUGACACCAGCAGAGAAACAGAAGUAUAAAGAAAAGAUCCAAAAGCAAGAACGUAAGAAACAGAUGAAGGGAAGGAAUAAGGUCAUGAAGUUUUAA